AUGUCAGCUAGGCUUCUCGAGCCUUAUUACUGGAACACUACGGAGCUUUAUAGCAAUAACAUUACUGGAGGUAUACCUGAAGAGCUUGGAGACUUGAGGGAAUUAAAGAGUGAUAAAGUGAAGGAGACAUUUCAUAAUAUCCUGCCUUACGAUUGGCGUGUUAAUAACAAUAGCUUAUCUGGAGAAAUCCCAAGUUUUUCCAAUAAUCGGUUUAGGCCGCUUCUUGACCCUCCACCUAGUCGUAUCUCUCCUCCUCCACCACCAUCACCUAAAGUGUCUUUUUCAUUCAACAAAACCGGGUCCUCGGUAAGCAUGGAAGCAAACGACUCAGCAAUAGCAAUUGGAGCUGCUGCAGGUGAAGCAGUUCUAUUUGCUGGUCCAGCCAUUGCGCUUGCUUGGUGGCUGAGAAUUAAACAACAGGACCACUUUUUUGAUGUACCUGCCGAAGAAGACCCAGAGGUUCAUUUUGGACAACUCAAAUGGUUUUUCUUCCGUGAAUUGCUAGUUGCUACAGAUAACUUAAGCAAUAAAAAUGCAUUGGGAAGAGGCGGUUUUGGUAAAGUGUAUAAAGGACAUUUAGCCGAUGGCUCUCUAGUGGCUGUUAAAAGGCUAAAAGAAGAACGUACCAAGGGUGGGGAACUGCAGUUCCAAACCGAGGUUGAGAUGAUUACUGUGGUUGGAGAUUUUGGGCUUGCAAAGCUCAUGAAUUAUAAUGGCUACCAUGUGAAAGAAGUUUUGGAAAAGAAUAAGUUGGAAAGUCUUGUGGACGCAGAGCUUGAAGGAAACUAUGUGGAUAAAGAAGUGGAGCAGCUAAUUCAAAUGGCUCUGCUCUGUACUAAAAUCUCUUCGUUGGAACGUCCCAAGAUGUUUGAAGUUGUGAGAAUGCUCGAAGGUGACAGUUUAGCUGAGAAAUGGGAAGAGUGGCAAAAGGAGGAGAUGUUGACACAGGAUUUUAACUAUCAAACCUAUACGCAAGCUGACAUUAAUUGGCUCAUCCCAGAAUCCGUUUCCCACAUCGACAACGAGUACCCUUCAGGUCCAAGAUAA